GGAGGACCGCUCACUUUGAAUGAGUUGUUACUACAGCUGUUGCAAUUAUGUUGUGAGCUUACUUCAUGGUUUACAAAAUGGCAAGACCCAGUCAAGAUGGUGUAUAUACUGCGUUAAAUGACAUUUUUAAGCUCAAAAAUUUUAAGUCCAAGUUGCAGGAACAAGCGACACUUUCUGUGUUCAAGGGAAAAAACGAUGUAUUUAUUUCAAUGCCAACAGGUUCUGGAAAGUCACUCUGCUUUCAGCUUCCAUCCGUAAUGCAUCCGGGUGUCGCCCUCGUAGUUUCACCGCUUCUUGCCCUCAUAAGUGACCAAUUAACACACUUAAAAAAACUUCAUAUUCAGGCAGAAACCAUUAACUCUAGAACAGCGGACACACAAAGGCGCAAACUGUUUCAUCAGCUGAUGAGCACGCCACUUGGUUCAAAAUCUUACCCUAAACUUCUGUACAUAACUCCUGAACAGCUACAAACUCCUUUUUCCUCUUCCCUUAUUUGUCAGUUAUACGAAAAGUCAUGUUUAAGUUAUUUCGUUGUUGACGAAGCACAUUGUGUAUCAGAAUGGGGACAUGAUUUUAGGCCUGCUUAUCUUGCUCUGGGGAGGAUUCGUCGCAAACUUUUCCCAGCCGUACCAUGCAUAGCACUUACUGCAACUGCUACACCUCGUGUACGUGAGGAUAUCAUCAAAUGUUUGGGACUUGGUGAACUUUCGAAUUAUUCUCCUAUAAGUUCACUUGGUUUUGCCGGUAACUUGGAGGAAUUCAAAUGCAGUAUUUUCCGGCCAAAUCUCUACUAUGACGUUGUGUUUGGUGACUUAAUUGAUGACGUAUAUGCUGACGUUUUGCAAUUCGCUGCCGAAAGUAUCGGUUGGGACAAGUCUCGAAAAUGUGAUUGGACAAAACUUGGAUGCGGUAUCGUUUACUGUCGAACGCGUACUGAUUGUGAGGAAUUGGCAGAAAAGCUAACUUCCCUUGGAUUGUCUUCACGGGCCUACCACGCGGGGUUGUCCAAAUCCGAACGAGAAGACGUCCAAACGGGAUGGUCUUCCGGUUUGUAUCCAAUAGUAGUUGCUACCAUAAGUUUUGGGAUGGGUGUCGAUAAACCAAAUGUGAGAUUCGUUCUUCACUGGACUCUACCUAAAAGUUUGGCGGCGUACUACCAAGAAUCAGGUAGAGCUGGAAGAGAUGGAUUACAAGCUUCUUGUCGAAUUUAUUACUUUAAGAAGGAACGUGAUACUGUGGUUUUUCUAGCAAACCAAGAGCCAAACAGUGGUUCUCAAAAGUCACUUAACAACACUCAGUGUCGAAAAAUUGAUAUUAAUACGAUGGUAAAAUAUGUUGAGACAGCAAAUUGUAGGCACCAACAGAUGGGAGUUUAUUUCAAAGAUGAACAAGCUCCAUGUGGGAAUCAUUGUGAUGUUUGUGUCAAUGCAUCACGAGUGUGUAUGAAUCUAGCAUUAUUCCGUGCUCUUGAGUUUACUACUAAAAUUGGUUACCAAAAUAAUAAUAAUGAUGAUAAUGACAAUAUUGGAAAUUACAAUGAUAUUAAUAAGUUUGAUGAUGAUAAUGGUGGUGAUUCGGAAAAUUUUUCAGCUGAUCAACAACUUGAAGAGUAUGAUAAAUUAGAAAGACAAAAGCUAAUCACUAGUGAAUUUAAUAAACGUCGACGUAACACAGAUAAACCUAUACAGUCGUCAUGGGUUUCGGCCCCAGAUACAACUGAAGUAAUAAGUCCAGACAAUCGUAAUGUUACCGGAAUCACUGGAUGGUGUCGUGAUCAAACUCUUCAGUUACUUAUCAGUGCAAUGAAAAAAUUAUUCCCAGAACAUGAAGCAUUACUAAAUAAGUUAUGUGCAGAUGCAGAGUAUGUGUUAUUUAAAGAAUCAAAAGUUGCUGCUAUGUAUCGCACACGUAUGGCAAGGUUGAUCACAUUUGUUCGUCGACCAAAUGUUACUAAAGAAUCUGUAUGGAAUGCUGUUAAAAGUAAAGCUGAUAUUCUUUUGACAAGAACAAGUGAAAAAAUAAAAUCUACUGACAAUUUUAUCCAAAACGACAAUAGAAAAUCAGCACUAGCAGAAAAGGCUAUUAUCUCAUCAAAACACUUUCAUCACAUAAUAAAACGAUCAUCUUCACCCGAAACAAACAAGUCCAAUGUUCAAUAUUCAACGCCUGCCAUUGGUAAAAAAUUGAAAUUGGAGUCUGAAUUCACAAAUUUUAAAUCGCAAUGUAAAAGUGAAACGAUUUCACCAAUAAAAAAAUCGGGUUCUGCGAUAAACAAACAUGGUGUUUAUGAAAGUGAAGAUAGUGAUUUCAUGGAUUUCAGUGACGACGGCGAGGAAACAAAACAUCCUACAGACUUAAAGAAUAAGUCCAUGAAUAAAGACCAACCUUUAAACUAUUUCUGGACAAAACAACUACAAUCUGGUAGCAAAACUGAAGGAAACGGUAAGCUAAACAAAAAUGCAAAUAACCAAUGGGAUUCGACUGAAGUUGACCCCGAUAUCAAAGGAUGUGAUCGAAUCCUAGUGCAAAAUAAAGAUAGUUCUCCAGACCUUAGUGAUGAUGAUGAUGAUGAUGAUAAUGAUGAAAACAAUGGAAAAGAAAUAAAAGAACAUCCACAACUAGAUCCAGCAAUGAAAGGGGACAAAGAAUUAUCAAACUACGAGGUUACCCGUGAUCAUGUACGAACUGUAAAAUCUGAUGAGGUCAAGCAUGACAUCAAUGACAAUGAUAAUAUUGACUAUACAAAUAAGUCGAACUCAUACCAUACCAUACCACAAACAGGAUCUAUACCAGAACUUCUUAUUGAACCUGAGAAGCGUCUAGUUUACUUUUGGGAACAAGGUAAUAAAACUGACAGUCGGUCAAUCCCUAGAAAUACUGCUGUCAUUACCACUAAUAUCACUAAUAAUACUACUUCUGCAUCCAUCGUAUGUACUACUAAUCCGAAUGGCAUUACUACUACUAAUACUGUUGCCACAACUAUCAGUACUAUGAAUACUCAUAUUUAUGAACGCGACGUGGUCAAUCCAACUCAUAUUCAAGAAGAAACUACCAAUAUUCAUGUUGACAAACAAAUCCAUCAUAAACAUAGACCGGUUAAUCCUCGUUCAAUCGUGUCAAUUCCGACAAAAACACGGCAUACGGAGCCAAACAAAGAAAUUAAUUCUGCAUCUACUGAAAUGAAUUCAUCUACUGCUGAAUUAGCCAAACAAGUAGUAGCUUCUCUGUCGCGUCAUUUUGCCAAAGGUUUAUUCAAAAACAAAGAUGCAUUCAAAUCGGUCGCCAAGAAAUUGACUCGAAAGCUGCUCACACACCAUGAAGUCGACAUAUUCACUAAAUCAAGAUUAGAUCAAUUGAUCGAUCAAUUAUUGAUACAUUUCGUGGAGACAAAAACACAAAUUCAAGUUGCAGAUGAUAUUGAAUGGAGUAGAUUAGCUGGAAUAUUUUUAAGGCUACCGUGAGUAAAACGCAGCCGAUAAGAUUAAAAAGUGAUUUGAAAGAAUACCCUUCAUUUUCUUUAAAUGAAGUUAAUUCUUGUUCUUCUAUGUGCAGUAACACCUUAUAGGUCUACACAAACAAAUGCGCUUGCAUAUACCUACACAAACAUAUUGUGAUAAGCACCAAUCACUUUUAGACUAACCAGAAAUCAUUUGAUUUGAUUAAAAUUUCACCCAAACUCGCCAAUUCUAAUCCCUUGAGUUGAAUGAUUAUCUAUUUUCUUCCUGUGUGCACUAACAAAUGCACUUGCACAUGCCUUGUAUCCCUCUCUUACUCUUUGUUCCAUCUUUCGUCUUGUGUAAGUAAUAAUUUUUGUUCACUUUAUGCCUUACAAAAAUUAUUUAUUUCACCUACCUUUGUAGUUCUUUUCUCUUCUAAAUAAGCGAACGAUCGAUCAAUGUAGAACCAUAUUUUUUUUAACACAGAGUAAUCACAUAAAGCUGACAUGAAAGUUUCUGUACCGGAUAACAUUCGUAAAAUACUAGAAAAAAAGAUCUGAAUAUAUAUUUUUUGGAAGUGUUUUUUUCCUCUAUCCACACAAGACGUUCUUUCUGCAAUAUCAAAUGUUCUAGGUAGAUGUUUCUACUUCUUACAAAGAUUAUUAUCCAUAAAUUACAUGAAUCUGGUCGAUUCUUUUGAAUAAGGCAAUUGCUGAUUCAGUUUCACGUUAUACUUGCACAUAAACGUUAAUCAAUAG